AUGUCUGCAUCCAUUUAUAUAUAUAUAUAUAUAUACCUAUCUAUAUAUAUAUAUAUGCAUUUGCCUUUGCUUUCUCUGCCGUAUCUCUCUUUUAUUUACUUAUUUAUUUAUUUAUUUAUUUGUUGUUGUUUGUUUGUUUGUUUGUUUGUACUCCUUUUUGGCGAAUGUGACGACCAUUUUUUAUGGAUUUCUUUUUUAUUCCUUUCUUUUUUUUUGUUUUUGUUUUUGUUUGUUUGUUGUUGUUUUUGUUUUUUCUUUUCUUUUCUCUCUCGCUGUAUGUUUACCUCCGUUACAUUACAUGUCGCCUUCUCCUCCUCUCAGUCCUUUUAUGCAUGUAUGAUUGAUGCGAUGGUUCCACUUGUUGUGUCUCGCACACUUCCCCUCCCUCCCUCCCUCCCUCUCUUUCUCGCCUUCUUUUGCCUUUUCUUUUUUUUUUUAAUCUUUUGGCAGGGACAGGUAAAGCGUAGACUAUUCUUUUUUUUUUUUUUCCUGCAGUCAAAAGGGGAAAAAGGGAGACGAGACAAAAAAAAAAAGGAAAGGUGCAAAGACGAGGAAGCAUCCACCAGUGUUAUUAUCAGCAUGGGCGGGGUUCCCUCUCGCGAUGCGUAUCCGACCUUUUUCUCUCUUCGUUAUGGGUCGCAUGAAAUCGCACUGAUUCCUUUACUUCGUCGUUACUUUUGCAAUGAAAACAAGGAAUUGCGGAAGCAGUUUGUUCGUAUGCGUAAUGAUCCAAGUGUGCGCUACAAUUUCAUGCGUAGUCCAAAGUAUAGCAUGAAGGAACUACCACCAGCGUCGUAUACAGAGAAGGAUCUUGACACAUUUCUUGAUGUUAUUGAGGAAACUCUUUAUGAUUCUUUAAAGGAAAUGGUCGAAGAUGAGGAUGCCCCACUGCGUCCUGUGCCUUGUGCUGUUUGUUUUGUCUAUGUGAAUGGUCGAGAGGGGACAGACUGUUUCUUAUUCUAUGGUCGGCGCAUAAAUGUUAUUGGGCAGUUUGGCUGUCACCGGUACGAAGAUAAAAAGGACGACGAACCGUGUCUUUACCUACAAAAAGCCAUUUUAAAGGCUGCGGGAGAUCGUACAUUGGAGAGAGUGGUUACGCUUGCCGCGAUGGCACUCAAGGAGGAAUUUUUUCGAGCGGUUACGACAGUUAACAGGGAAGCGAAUGCGAGGGAGAUGUUUUUACGCCGUAUUUCCCGUUUGCCUCUCGUCAGCAGCACGUUUUGGAAUAGCUACCCGGUGCUGAAAUUCCUGUACGACACCGCCGCCUGGUCUUGGAGCGUGGGCAAUGUGCAGGAGCACAAUGAUGCCCCAAGCUUCCGCUUCUAUGAGGUACCGGAAAGUGGAGAAAGUGGUCUUGUCAUGGAAAUGCCGGGGUCUCUUUUGUUGCGAUUUAUUUUUUGGGCGUGUUCCUCCGUCAACCCCUCCGCGGUACGCGGGAUGUGGGAACAGUACGGCAUGGACGACACGGCGACGCACAAGAAGGAAAAAAUGAUAGCCAACUGGUUGGAGACAAGCCCCGAUGUAAACAUGUUUGUGGGUGGUGUGGAAAUUACAUCGCGGGUGAAAAAACACCUUGAGACUUUGCUAAGUGAAGUGGUUCGAGCCCGUGAAACCCCAACGGAAGACCUGAGCGUCUGGAGUGCAGAGCAAGAAUGCAGCCAUGAUGGAAAAAUAUACCGGAUCUUUGACUCCCCUCUCUGCGGUCCGUUUCUCACGACUGUAAAGGUGAAGCGGGAUAAAAAAAAUGGGACGACCAGUGGUGCUGAAGGCAACAGAUCCAAUCAGACAUUGGACCCGUUAUUGAAUAUCGCUGAGGAGCAUAAAAAAAGAGACGAUAUUCCCCCAGUCAGCCGAGUACGUGUGGGUGGGGCAUCGCAACCGCACGCCACACGACCGCCACCCGAGUAUGAGGAAGCUGUCAACUCCAUGAUGCCUUCGCCAUUUUUACCCUCGGGGCCAUCGACAAUCUGUCCUGUAAGCUUGCCUGCCACUGUGCUGCCCCAUGGAAACGUUUCUAUUACGGCCCCACAAAAUUCCUCUGUUAUGAUGCUUCCGCAGUCGCUUAAUCCUGCCUCAAGCUCCUUUUCUCUUCCCGCAAGCUCAGCGUCUGUAGGUCCAACUUUUAUUCCUCUUUAUUCAGAGCCACCCAAACCGGCACCUCUCCCAAUGCAAUCAUUUGGAAUACCGUAUGUUGUUCUCACACCGUCAGGCCCUGCAGUACCGCAGCAGAAUAUCGUACCCCUGAACUCAGGUGCCAGUACCACAACUACUACCACAAGCCCCAACUUGACCACCAUGGAAAGCAGCAAAAAUGAUGGUGUCAGUGGAAAUGCUGGAAAUAUUACCACCGAAAACGGAGCUACAUCGACUCUUUUUCCAUCCAUUCCUUCAACUCCUUUUGUCCCGACUGGGGCAACUUUUACCGGUGUUCUUAACGGACCAAUGGGGUUACAGUCACGAUCCGUGCAGCCAAUAGGGAAUUAUGUUCUGCUGCCGGAUGGAAACAUUGGGGUAUUGAAUUCCGUACCCGUGACACCAAUUAAUUACUGGAACACUUGA